AUGAGCGUGGAGACGUCACAGAAAAGACACACGCAGGCAACCCAGGCCACGCAGCCUACGCAACCCAGCGCGUGGGAUUCUCCGGGAACAGACGUGCUGGCCCAGGAAUUGAUCAGCACAGGGGUUGUUUGCCGGCUGAUUUGCACCACAAGCACGGAUAUCUGUCGUGGCAAGGGGUACAUCGACGUGAUUCUGCGAACAGAUAUAUUAGACGACAAGCAGGAAUGGAUUUUCGGACGAAGAGCAGAAAGCUGCGAUUAUCCAUUGAAAACCAAGAGCAAUAGAAUCAGUAACAAGCAUUUCAAGCUCUGGAUGAGCACCAAGAACUCUCAUAACGGUUCGAACAAUAAUCUGAUGAUCCAGGAUACCGCCACAAAUGGGACAUGGGUGAAUGGCACGAAGUUGAUCAAAGGAACUAAUUAUAUCUUGACGCAGGGCGACGAGAUCAGUAUAGGCAUCGGAGUGGCAGCAGACGUGAUUCGGUUUGUGGUGCACUUUCCGAAAAAUGGUGCGCGCGACGAGACGCCAGAAAGUAAUAGCAACAGCUCCAAUGCGGGCAUUCACCAGGACUUCAUUGUGCGAAACGAGAUCGUUGGAUCCGGGGCGUUUGCCACGGUGAAAAAAGCCAUAGAGCGCGCGACGGGCGAGACGUUCGCCGUGAAGAUCAUCAACAAGAAAAAAGCAUUAACCGGUGGCAUGGAUGGUGUGAGCAGAGAGCUCGAGAUUCUGAAAAGAUUGGACCAUCCCGGGAUUGUGGGGCUCAAGGCCUCGUACGAAGAUCACGAGAAUUAUUAUUUGGUGAUGGAGCUUGUGCCCGGAGGAGAUUUGAUGGACUUCGUCGCAUCGUACGGAUCGGUUGGCGAGGCUGCUGGACGGGAAAUUGCGAAGCAGAUUCUUCAGGCCAUUGAAUAUGUUCAUUCAAAAGGAAUUUCACAUAGAGAUCUCAAGCCAGACAACAUUCUUAUUGCUCAUGAUGACCCUGUCACAGUCAAAGUUACUGAUUUCGGGCUUGCAAAGCGACAGGGCAUUGCCAGCAUCAUGAAGACGUUUUGCGGAACGCUGGCGUAUCUGGCUCCGGAAGUUAUCACAGGCAAGUACGGGAAUAGCUUGAACGUCUCCAAAAAACGGUAUAUGGGCAAGGGACGCGUUUUUGAAGAUUCCUACUCCAACAAAGUGGACAUGUGGUCGAUUGGAUGCUUGGUGUUUGUGAUCUUGACCGCGCACCUUCCAUUCAGCGGGUCCACUCAGGAGACUUUAUUCAAAAAUAUUACGCAUGGCAACUAUCACGAAUCUCUGCUAAAGGAGAACGGUAUUUCUCUCGAGGGUCGCGACUUUGUCAACCGGCUGUUGGAGACGGAUGUGUCACUUCGUCUGGAUGCUCGACAGGCGCUCCAGCACCCCUGGAUUGACGAGAUUGCCAACAUCAGCUCCCAGGUCAGUUUGUCACAGAGCCAGUCGCACCAGCAGCGUCUUUCACAGUCGAUCACGUCGAAAUCCGAAAAGGUCCCUGAAUUCAAGGUUCCACAGAUCCCCAAGCCUAGUCAGAGAGUUCAGACGACAGGUGUUGCCGAAAUGGGUGAUUCUUUGAAGGAAGUCGAGAUCAUCGACUCGCAGCCUCUUUCGCAGGAAGAACCUGCACAGAAAGAUGAAAAUGUGCCUCCUGGAACGUUCCUGACUCUCAAGAUCAUUUCCAACAUCGCUGACAAGUACGAGCCCGUGGUGCACAUCAAACAGGGACAGCCAUAUUUUUCUGUUGGGAGACUCGAUAAUCUGGAUUACACGAUCUCCGACGAAAGAAUUUCCAAGAACCACGCGGUUAUUUUGAAGAAACGGCAUCCGAUCGCUACAGACUCGUCGAUCUAUGAAUCUCCAGCAAUGGGUUUGGAAGAUAUAUGGAUCUUGGACUACAGUACCAACGGCUGCUACGUCAACGACCGCAAGCUAAAGAAGGGUAACAAAACCAAACUCUUCAACGGAGACGUUCUUAGUCUGUUCAUAGACAAGCAAAGAGGAGAAAAGCUGGCGUACAAGGUGGUGAUCAACGAUACCACGGGAUUGUUCAAGGGCGCAACCCGAGAAGAUAAAAAAAUAGCCGUUGAGCCGCAGGACGAGGCGGAUCUCAAACUGCUGGCUACCAAAAAACGGCAGCCAAACACGGAUAAAAAAAGAAAGUUUGCUGAGGAACAGCAAGCAAACAAGCGCAAGCGGGCAGACUUGAAAAAUUGCUGA